AUGUACACCACCCAACACACGUGAAUGGCUUCACCUGCCAUGCACUGGUUCUGAAAUACUGUGCAGAUAUUCUGAUAUUUUAACCCAAGUUUCAGCCUUUUCAUUAGCGAUUGAUAUGAAUGGUAUGUUAGAUGUAUUAUUAUCCAUACUUUUACUAUAAAAUGUAGUAGAGUACCCAACAUCUGUUAUUCCCUCAUUUUUCCAUUCAUUUUAUUGAACUGCUGCAGUGAUAGUGUUAUAUUUCUCCAAUUCCAAUUUCAUUUGACUUAAUCCUUAUGUCAAGAAUAAACUUAGCACAUUCAAAGCAGUGAGAUACAACUCACCUCUCCUUAUAACCCUUUACUUAGCCAUUUCUCACAAUUUUCCAUCUGGCAGCAGUCAUGUAUGUUUACACAUAUUGUUUUGUGAUGCAGAUACAGCAUCGUCCAACCUGGUCUCUGAGGGGGAAUGGGAUGAUCUAUCCACUUUGUCAGUUGACCAGAAGAGAAUAUCUGAUGAGGAGGAGACAAUCCCUCCUCUCACCAACCAGACCGUACCAGAUCAGGGACCUUCUAUGGAAGAAACCAGGUCUGAUAAAGUAAACAGGGCUGUGGAAGAAGGUAUUUAGGACACCUUUCCCAGCAUUACAGAAUGAACACACAGCAUACAUACACACGACAUUUACACAUAAAAUACGAUUCAUUCAGACUAAUCUACACCACAGCAAGGCUGCUACAGCAAUCUUAUGUUGACAACUUGCUGAAGGAAACGUAGAUGUAGCACUUAUUUAGGAACCUUGGAUAUAUAGGGGCCAAAUAAGAGGCUUAACGAAUUCAGGGGGAACAGUCUACUCUGUGGCACCUGAAGAAAAUGUGAGAUCAUGCAUAUAUGUUAAUAAUCAUAUUAAUGCUUUACCCUUGCUUGAGUUCUAUUCCAGAGACACAACAAUGGUGAGGAUGACAUAUGCACUGGGCAGAGGCUGUGAGGAACUCAUUGUCACUUCAGCCUACCUUCCAUAUGACUCGGAUGAACCACCACCUUCCAAAGAAGUGAGGAACAUCAUUGAAUAUUGCCAUCUUAGGAAAGAGCAGCUCAUUAUUGGGUGUGAUGCCAAUGCUUACCACACACUGUGGGAAAGCACUGACAUCAACCCAAGAGGAGAAUGCCUCAUGGAACCGAGGAAUUGUCCAGCUAGGACCACUCGUGAACCAAGGAGAGUGCCUUGGAGGAAUAAACAGCUGAGUGGGCUUAGAACCAAAACGAGAAGGCUGUUCAAUACAGCUAAACAACAGGGCAGUGGGACACCUACAAGGAAUCCCUUACUUGUUCAACAAAGAAGUAAGGAAAGUCAAGCAAUCCUCAUGGAGGAGGCACUGCCAGGAGAUCAGUGAUGUACUAGACGGUGC